AUGCCCGACCCAGGUCGUGGACAGGGGUUCAACGGAACCAGGAGCGACGAGAGCUGCCCCAGCUCCUGGACUGGAGCAGCCGCGGAGCUGAAGGAGCUGAGCUCGGACACCCGGACCCAGAGACUGGGCGGCUCCACCAAUCAGAGUGCGGUGGGGCGCGAGGACCCGCCAAUCCGAUUGCGGCAGAAAGAAACACAGGUGGAGAGUGGUUCCAAGAAGGAAUGCCGAAUUUCGAUGGAAAGUCUGGAAACAUUGCUGGAAGAGACCGCGGCAUCUCAAUGGGGGCCCGGCGCGGGGAAGCGGAGAGUGAGGUCGGUGCGGCUGUUUGCUGAGGGACGCCCCGACGUCCGGAGGCAGACGGGCCGACGGGAGUUUUGUUCCCUGGCUCCGUCUGCAGGAUCUCGGGGUUCCCGAAGCGGCCUCCGGAAUGCGGAGCCCCCACCGUCUUUCCUGGCGACCCCGUCUGCCGGGAUGCUGCGGCGGAAAUGCCCCUACCCCUUGGCUGUGGUGGAGACACAGAAGGAACCAGGCCUGGAAAGGGCAGGGGAGCUUCUAGAGGAGCCCCCAAGGGUGAUGCGGCUUUCAUUGGACCCUAGAGCCUACUCUGCACGGUGUCCCACUCAACCUGACCAUAGCAGCCAGGGACUUGGGGUGGCCAUGGCCACAUCCCCAGAAGGGAGCAACCUGGGUACUGCCCCGCAGCCCAACAUCACACGUCCUGCCUGUCACCUCCUGCCCCCCGAGGUCUGCAGUCUCCUGAACCCAGCAGCCAUCUAUGCCAACAACGAGAUCAGCCUGCGUGAUGUCGAAGUCUAUGGCUUCGACUACGACUACACACUGGCCCAGUACGCAGAUGCGCUGCACCCUGAGAUCUUCAGUGCCGCCCGCGACAUCCUGAUUGAGCACUACAAGUACCCAGAGGGGAUCCGGAAAUAUGACUACGACCCUAGCUUUGCCAUCCGAGGCCUCCACUAUGACAUUCAGAAGAGCCUUCUGAUGAAGAUUGAUGCCUUCCAUUAUGUGCAGCUGGGGACGGCCUACAGGGGCCUCCAGCCUGUGCCUGAUGAGGAGGUGAUAGACCUAUAUGGGGGCACCCAGCACAUCCCACUGUACCAGAUGAGUGGCUUCUACGGCAAGGGUCCCUCCAUCAAGCAGUUCAUGGACAUCUUCUCACUGCCGGAAAUGGCACUGCUGUCCUGCGUGGUGGACCACUUCCUGAGUCACGGCCUGGAGUUUGACCAGGCACACCUCUACAAGGAUGUGACAGAUGCCAUUCGAGAUGUGCACGUGAAGGGCCUCAUGUACCAGUGGAUCGAACAGGAUAUGGAGAAGUACAUCCUGAGAGGGGACGAGACCUUCGCCGUCUUGAGCCGCCUGGUGGCCCAUGGGAAGCAGCUCUUCCUCAUCACCAACAGUCCUUUCAGCUUCGUGGACAAGGGGAUGCGGCACAUGGUGGGUCCUGACUGGCGCCAGCUCUUUGAUGUGGUCAUCGUCCAGGCAGACAAACCCAGCUUCUUUACUGACCGGCGCAAGUAUGGGCCUAGCAGGGGUGAUGAGGUGGGAUCCCUGGGGUGGGUUCCCGUGGUGCGCUGUGCUCAGCGGUGCCCCCCCACCUCUCCCCAGGGAAACCUGUAUGACUUCCUCCGCCUGACGGAGUGGCGUGGACCCCGUGUGCUCUACUUCGGAGACCAUCUGUACAGUGAUCUGGCGGACCUCAUGCUACGGCACGGCUGGCGAACCGGUGCCAUCAUCCCCGAGCUAGAGCGUGAGAUCCGCAUCAUCAACACGGAGCAGUACAUGCACUCGCUGACGUGGCAGCAGGCGCUCACGGGGCUGCUGGAGCGCAUGCAGACAUACCAGGACGCCGAGUCGCAGCAGGUGCUGGCUGCCUGGAUGAAGGAGCGGCAGGAGCUGAGGUGCAUCACCAAGGCCCUGUUCAACGCUCAGUUUGGGAGCAUCUUCCGCACCUUCCACAACCCCACGUACUUCUCACGACGCCUCGUGCGCUUCUCUGACCUCUACAUGGCCUCCCUCAGCUGUCUACUCAACUACCGGGUAGACUUCACCUUCUACCCACGCCGCACACCCCUGCAGCAUGAGGCACCGCUCUGGAUGGACCAGCUCUGCACCGGCUGCAUGAAGACACCCUUCCUUGGCGACAUGGCCCACAUCCGCUGA